AUGAGGUUCUCAUUGAAGAGACUAACGUUGAUCCUGGUGGCCACUGUUGUGGUGCUCAUUCUAUACUUGAUAUGCAUAGUCAACUUUGACGAUAUGUCUGCCUUUUAUCAAGACCUAUUAAUUCAUGAUCGGUACGAUGAUCGAAGUUUCAAAAAUUCUGACUCUAUAAUACGUCAAGAGUUCCAUUAUUCAAAUUACCUUUUCGAGGGAUACGAUAAUUUCACAGCGCUUUAUGACAAUGACAUUGAGCGAGUCCAGUCAUUACCAUUGAACGAGAAAUGCAAGGCUUUCUUUGACCAGCAUGAACUUUAUAAUCCAGAGUGGGCUAUAGACCUGUGGAGGGGAGACAUAAAAUUUGAGAAGAACAUUAAUCAUAAAAAGAUGUUCUUCAAAAGUAGGAGCGACAUCUUGAAAGAACAGAAGUCGGCUAAGGGCGAAAGCGAUGAAAUAACUAGGAUUGACAAUAACACUAUAAAUGAAGAGUUCAAGAACAGUUACAAAGCAUCAAAAAUUGCAGAGCAAGGAAUGGCAGAUACCAUCACAUUGAUGCGUCUUUAUGGCAAGUGUUUCGUGAACAAUGAGAAUCAUGAAAUGAAUGACAUCUACCAAAAGUAUUCAAAUAAACUAUUUCCAUUCUUAAACACUCAUGCCUUGCCUACCUUUGAGAGGCUUACACAACAGGGUGACAGAUUGUUUGGGGACAACAUACUCCCAGUAUUCCAUACAGAUAACCAAUUCACUGGACAAACUGUUCUGUACGACCCGGGUCAUGAUAAUCUCAUUGACUUUCUUCACAAGAAUACUUCUGGAAAAGGCAUUGUCAUAUCUGCUGCUAAUAAGCAUGUCCGUGACUUGAUUAAGCUAAUCAGGGUACUUAGGGCCCUUAAUAACCGUUUACCAAUCCAAAUUGUUUACAAUGGUGAUAUCAAUACCAAGUCCCGGAGAAUCAUCGAAUUAGUGGCAACCAGGGAUAUUGAUUUCCUAUUGAAUCCGGGUAUGGCUUCGGAGCAUCUUGAUGUUUUGCCUGAAUUAAAAUUGUUAGAACAAUACAAAGAUUAUGGUUCUGAAUUUCCGCCACAAGAUAUUUGGUUGGUCAAUAUCAAGUUCAGCAUCGAGAAACAAGAAAAGCAAAGUUUCCCCAAAUAUUCUAAUAAAUUGUUAGCCUUGUUAAUGAGCUCAUUUGAGGAAGUGGUUUUGCUAGAUGCUGACACAGUACCCCUAGUUCCAAUUAUAGAAUUUUUUGAGUCAGAUGAGUAUAAAAAGUCAGGAACAUUUUUCUUCAAGGACAGAUCUUUGAGAGAUCAUAAUGAUUAUAUUGAAACAAAUUACUUUUCCAAAUUGUUUCCAAUCAACGAAAAGUCUAUGGAUACCUUAUUUAAUAUUCCAUUGGUUACAAAUAAGACUAUGAGCAAUAAGUACAUGACUGGAUGGAGACACUUCCAAGAAGCUGGUGUGGUAGCACUACAAAAGAAAGAUCAUUUUUUGCCAAUAUUGAUGACUUUGCCCCUUAGCUACUGGCGAGAUCCAGCUAGAUCAUCUAUAUGGGGAGAUAAGGAGAUGUAUUGGUUGGGCUUCGCCAUGUCUGGGGAUGAAAGCUACGAGUUUAAUGAGUACUCUGCUGCAAGUGUUGGUGAAUUAACCAAAAAUAGUACCUAUGCAUUCUACCCAAACACCACCUCUCAAGAGUUAUGCUCGACACAUCCUGGCCAUGUCGAUAAGAAUGGAAAGCUCUUGUGGAUUAAUUCCGGAUUCAGUUUUUGCAAAAAGAAUGGUUCUUUCAGAGACAGACUCAAUUUUCCAUUUUCAAUUUUUGAAGCAGAGGAAUUGAAUCAGAAAUAUUCUAAACCUCUUCAAAUCAGAGCUGCGAUUAUUCCUCCAGAUUUGCCUAAUUUAAGGGAACCGUUCAACCCUAUUGAUGACACACCGGAAUUAGAUUUUAUGGAAUCUUGGACUCAUCGGCACAAAGACAUGGAUGAGUUAGACAACCGAAGAAUUGAAGAUUAUGGUCCACAAAAGGGUUGGAUGCAUAAUCCAAAUUGCCAAGGGUAUUUCUAUUGUGCAUACAACCAAAUUGCCACUUAUAAUCUUACUAAUGGAAAUGGGCUUGACGAAGGCCAUGUGUUUGAGUUUGAUGAAGAAUCUACCAAGUUAUUUGAUUACUUAGGUAAGAUUUGGAUUACAGGAAAUGUUAGAACAGAACCUAGAGCAAGACCUGUGAAGCCAACGCCUCAGUCAACUGUUCAAAUAACAUCGAUUGAUACCUCCAAACAAGCUGAACUGUCAUCUACUCAACAUGCUCUGAUUCAAGAUUCUCCAUUCACCCAACAAUCUCAGCGCAUGCCAGAUAUUCCGGAAGUUGUUCAGCAAGAACCCGCAGAAGACAUAUCCUCUGAAGAGGAAAGUUCUAGCCUCAUGAAUAAACUUACCAACGUUCUAGACAAAUCCAAAAUUCCCAAAGAACAACAACUUUCAGAAAGCGGGAACGAAUUCCUUGGGAUGAUCCUCGCCGAUUUGGUUGUUUCGCCGGCGCGGAGCCAACAAUAUGCAACUGAGGAGCAGGAAUGGUAA